AAAUGUCAAACCAAACGUCAAAACUCGACAAAAUGGUGGUUGUUUUCAUGUGCAUUUGGUUGAAUACAUAAUACAAUAAAAUGACGAGUUUGAUUGACAAAAUAGAGUUGCUAAUCAAGAGGGAAAAAACCACGCCGGAGCGAAAGAAAAAAGAAGAAGCGUCAAAAUCCUCCAGUGAAAUUCUUUCAGAGCUAUUCAGUGCCUUCAACGCCGAUCCUCCCAAAAUCGAUGAAGCUUCUCUGAAGAAAUCAAAGAAAAGCAAAAAGAAACACAAGAAGGAGAAGAAGAAACGGAGUCGGAGCAGUAGCAGCAGCAAUUCUGAUGAUAGCGACUACUCUCCCAAGCACAAGAAACGGAAAAAAAGCAAGUCUAAGAAAAAGCGCGAUAGGUCGCGGUCAAGCACACCUAGCAAAAGCAACAUACCACCUAAAAUUAAAGCCGAUUUAGAGGCGAUAAGAAUCAAAAAUGAGUCCGGUCGCAUUAGCUCUGAUGAUUUUCGUCACGAAAUAAAACUUAAAACAGAACCUAAAGAAGUACAACACCGGAGAGUCUCUAUCAAAAUAGAAGAGCCUCACAACUACAGCGUCGACGUUUCUAACUUGGAUGCUAGUCUCAUUCCUAUGCCAGAUUCUCCUAAACAUGAGGACCUACGUCAAAAGUUAGACAGUAAAAAACAAGAAGCUGAAGACAAGUCAAAGAGUAAAAUUCAAAUUAAGAAUUUGAAGUUUAGCGCAGUUUUUGAGGAAACUGUUAAGAAAGCCGAAGAAGAAGCCAGGAAGAAAGCUGAGAAGUUUGAAGAAGGUGAAUACACAGACUCCUCCAGCAGCAAUGAGAAGCUAGAAGUUCCCAAUGCAGAGUUCCCCAAAUCCUCAGAUCCUGGAGGUAUACUUAAGAAGCAAGCUGCAGAAGAAUCUAAAGUGUCAGAUGAAGAUAGGAGCCACUCUAAGAAAUCCAAAGAAAACUCCCACAAAUCUUCAAGAAGGGACAGAAGCAGAUCCAGAAAGAGGUCAGUCAGCAAGUCCCGUCGCUCCCGGUCCCGGUCAGCUUCACGCCGCCGCCGUCGCUCCCACUCGCGCGGCCACGAGCGGUCGCGGCGCCGGUCGCGGUCGCGUGAGCGGGACCGACACGAGCGGGACCGGCACCGGCCGAGGCAUGUGUCACCAAGACACAGGGGGAGAAGAUCCAGGUCACCAACCGGGGUGAAGCUAGCAGACAGCGAGAAGAAGCGUCUUCUAGAAGUAGCGAGAAGGAACGCCAUCAACAUGCUGAAGAACGGCGCCGUGCCCGCCGGCGCGGCUGCUUUGCCGCCGCACACUAGAAACCAGGUCAUGGCCGCCAUACAAUCAGGGGGUAAAUCAGUAGACGAGCUAACAGAUUUCUGCAAGCACUUGUCAAAGAAAGAAGCCCUCGGAGAAUUGUCUUCCGUCUCAUCUCACGACGAAGACAUGAGCGAGAACGAAGAUACGCUCGCCUUCCAUCAUCCGUUCCUAGUCAAAGAGAAGGCUCCUAUUGUUAUGAAUAUAAGGGGUGGAGCGCCACUCCCGAUCAAGACGAAUCCACUGCCAAUAGCCAACAAAGAAGAGCUGCGACUACAAUUCCCCGUGUCGUCAGGGUCGCAACACAGGGAAAAGGCCACGGAAUGGGUACCCGUUUCACCACCAAAGAAAGAUAUGCAAGUUGCGAAACUGAACUCUAAAACAACAGCCGCCAAACCUGCUGCAAUCGCUCCUGCGGAAACUGCUGUGCCUAAAGCGGCCCCGCUGGCGCUGCCCGCGCCGCCGGCGCCCGCGCCCGUGCCUGUGCCCGUGCCUGUGCCCGUGCCCGUCCCCGCGCCCGCGCCUGUACCCGCGCCCGCGCCCGCGCCCGCGCCGGUCGUGGCACCGCCGCCUUACAUGAAGGGCUUCACCACUGGCACGCAACUAGCCUCAGUUCCGACAGUACCGGCAUUGCCUGCCCCCGGACCCCAAGCUUACCCGCCAGGAAUUGAACCUCCAAAAGUUAUUGACGUUGCGUCGAUCGUCUCGCAGAAGUUGUUAAUGAUAAGAAAAGAACAAGAACAGAACGAGUUGUCUACCACUCGUGGCUCGUCUGCUCACCAGUUCGGCUGGUCGACCAAGGCGGGCCAGUUCACCGGCUCCACGGGCGCCCACAUCCUCACCCCCAAGGAGCUCGCCAGCGGCACGCAGGCCUGGGCCAAGAAGGAUCAACUCAUGAGGGCAGCGCCAGUAGGAGGGGGGAUGGGCAUGCAUCUCCUCCAGAAAAUGGGAUGGACCCCGGGCCAAGGGCUCGGAAAAGAGGGCACGGGGACCCUCCAACCGUUACUGUUAGAGGUCAAACUGGACACAAGAGGUCUGCAGGCUAAAGAAGAGGUCAGUACGAGGAACAACAAAGGAAUGAAAGUUCAACGUCAGCCGCGGAGGGGCGGCGCAGCGCCUGCGUUAUCAGCGGGCGGAAAACAUCCUGUAUCUUUACUUGGAGAGUACUGCUCUAAACAAAAACUCGGCCCACCCGAGUAUAAUCUGUGCUUCGAGUGCGGCCCUGAUCAUAAGAAGAACUUCUUGUUUAAGGUAAGAGUAGCAGGCGUGGAAUACCAGCCGGCGGUGGCGAGCGCCAACAAGAAACAGGCCAAAGCUGAUGCCGCGCAACUGGCGCUACAGAAACUGGGAAUCGUCACCCCUUAACUAUAAAACCAUAGACUAUUUAAAAGUUAAUUUCAUAGAUAGCAUAAGAAGAUAACGAACCCAUAAAUUUGAUAAAUUUAUGUCCGAGGGAUGAUCAUUAAAUAGGAAAGUAUCGUAGACCUAUGGGCAGCAGUAGUGUCCUACAGUUCAGUUCAGUUUAUUUAUUGGUAAAAAAUAUUUUACAGGUCACACAGGUACACUUGAAAUACGACAGUUAUAUACAAUUAAAUAUGAUUGAUAAAAUACAUUGGUCAAAGAUUUCAAUUUCGUAAAUAAUCAUUGUGCAAUAGUUGUCAAUACAAUAAUAUUUUAAAUAAUCUCUUUCAUAAAAUCAUCAAUAGAGUAACAUGCUUGGUCAAGUAGUAGACAUUUAAGUUUUUUAUUAAAUAUUGAAUCGCUUUCUGUAAAUUUAAUGUCAUUAGGAAUUUUGUUGUAUAUUUUUGGCCCGAUAACACUGAGAGACUUCGGGCCUUCGCGAGUCGUUGAGUAGGAGCGAUUAGCAUGGGCAUUCUGCGGCUGUCUGCGUCGCGGGUACAGGUUUUUUUAUAUGCAUCUAGGUUUGCUCUAACAUAUUUGCAUGCUUCUAAUAUAUAAACGGCUGGCAGUGUUAAUAUCUUAUGGGUCUUAAAUAGUUCCUUGGCGGGGUGAUCGAACGGUUUGUUGGUGAUUACACGCAAAGCUCGUUUCUGUAUUUUGAAUACCUUGUCACGGUUUGCGGCCAGACCCCAGAGAUCAACGCCUCGGAUAAGGAUGGAGUGAAAGUAUCCGUAAUAUGCCUUUUUUAGAUUAUUUGGAGACAGGCUUGGCGCGAGUCUGGACAGGGCGAAACACGCCGAUGAAAGUGAGUCGCAAAGAUAGUCUAUAUGAGAGAACCACGUUAACCCUGUCAAUGACAUGAGCAGCAGAAGUUGCUAAGCGGGCGAGGUGUUCAAAAUGAUCUUAACGCGACUUUAUUGUUAAGAGAAUAAGAGCGUGUCAAGGUAAUUUUGAACACCUCGCCCGCUUAGCAACUUCUGCUGCUGACUGUGCGAAAAUAGAUGUUGAUGAAUAUUUUUCAGUUAUACUUCUAGAGGAUUGAUGUAUGGACACUGUAACUAAAAAUAGGCAUAGGGUACACGACUUAGCGACCCCGUAUACCUAAUUAAACGGUAUUGUUUCUGAAUAAACUAAAUCUGAAUCUGAAAUCUGGAUCGUAAUGGUUUUUAUAAUAAAAACAGAAGAUGAUGUUCAAGGUUUGAUUUUAAACACAUAGGAUUAGUUUGGUGCUUACAUGUUGCUCACCAUGAUUAUUAUCUUAAGUUAAGCAAUAAGCAUUUCACAAUAAGGCUGCAUAUUAAAAUGAUUUUUAGGCCUUAUCAAUUUGUUUCUAUGAAUCUUGGGUUUUUUUUUCUGACCGAAAUUUGUAAGUGAAAGAGAAAAAGGAUUAUGCUGCCAUACAUUAACCUGUCAAUACAUGAAUAUGUCUUUCUCUUACCCCUGGUCGCUCGGUUUCAUGUCUAUAACUACUUUAAUAACAAAACUUCCGUGAGACAUAAAAGAUAUUAAAUAUAUUAA